AUGGUAAUAUGUGUCUUGAAAUUGAGAAAAAUAUUGAGAACAUCGGAGUCAUUAUUCAAAUAUAAUCGACAAGAAUUAGAUGAUAAAGAGCAAGCAAAUCAAGAAAAUAAUAGAGAUAAUAGAUAUAACACAGAUGAUCUUGUCGAACCUGAAAGUGAAGUCGAGGAGAAGAAGGACCAAAAAGAUGAAAGCGUAUUAGAUGAUGACGACAAAUUAUCUGAAACAGAAAAUAAUAGUUAUCGACGAUUAGACGAAUUCGACCAGUAUUUAGCUUUAAAAAUUGAUAAAAACCGUCUGUCAACAAAUCCACUUGAACUUUGGUGUGAAAAUCAAAGAACGUAUCCAAUUCUAUCAAAAGUAGCUCGGAAAGUACAUUCCAUACCCGCUACAAUGGCCGCGGUAGAAAGGCAAUUUAGCUCAGCUGGGCUUGUCGUAACGGAACGGCGAUCAAGUAGAAAUCCAGAACAAAUUGAUAAUAUUUUACUGGUUCGUAUAGUUGAAGAAUGA